AUGGAUCUUAACGACCUCCACCCACCAGAUGAUUCCAGUUCCCAGUCUUUUAUAUGGCACGAAUGGCUUCAGGCCAAUGGUCCAUUGACGACCCAGAACGCGUUCGAGUAUUUCGCGACGUCCAGGUUCUACGACAAGCAGAGCAACAACCAAGUUCUACGCAUGCAAACCAUGCAUACAGGGCAAAUAAUGACUCCAGCACAAGAAGAGGAAGAACUGAAACGAUUCACCGGCGUAGAGUUUGCUCUGGUACAUGCUGCUGCGCCAACACUGUUCAUUAUACACAAGCGCGAGCGUUUGUCGCCAUCAGAAGUUCGACCCCUCGCGGUGUACUUCAUCAUGAACAACCGCAUAUAUCCAUCUCCCGACGUAUACGCCGUCGUCGCCAAUAGAUUGCUGACGACAGUACACUCUCUGCAAUCCUCGCUUGAUACCUUGCGCAGGCAUCGACCCGCACACGCGCCUCGCACCGGCUUCAUCUGGCCUAUC